CUUAGCUGAAGAAGCAAACCCAAUAGGAAGAGCCGAAGAUAUGUUACGGUUUAGCUGAAAUCGGAUGGAAUUGCUGGUUUGGUUUGAUUUAUUUCCGGGUUACUACAGCAGUAGUACCAUUCUUUGUACAGUUGUAGCGAAGAAAACAGAGGAACCCCCGGUUUUGUGCCAUUAAUGAAGGGAGAAGCAAAGCAAAAAAAUGGAAAUUUAGGAUAAAAGGUGGAAAUGCAAGUUUUGGGAAACGAAGCAAGAAGGGGUUCAGGGUUGGUGUUUCUAGGGUUUUGGUUUUAGCUGCUCCUUAGGGUUAGGGUUUUUCAAUUUCAAACAAUGUCUCAGCUUUUGGGUCGAGUCGCUAAGCUCUCGUCAGCUGUGAAGAAGCAGAGGCUCUGUUUCAGUGAAUUGCGGUCUUUCUCCACGGCGGCGGCGACGCCGUAUCUGCUUUUACGCGACACGAACCACAGGAGGGCGAUGACACCAUCUGGUGGAGGAGUUGUGUUGGACAUGAACCUGUACGAUCCGAGGAAAGACGAAAGAGUGAAAGUCCCCGACCAGACUCUGUCGGAGGAGCUCAGAUGUUCGGUGAAGGUGGGAACAUCGAGGGGAUGGGUUUUUUUGAGGAACAAAGAAGACUCGACUAUGCGUCUCACGAAUAUCUACAACCCUUGUGCCUCUGCUUCCUCUCAUAAGGUUAUCAAUCUGCCUCCAUUUGAUGAUACUGAAGCUCAUAUCGCAAGUAUCUCUCUCUCAGCCUCCCCAAACCAGCAAGACUGUGUAGUGGCCGCCAAGUCCUGUUUUCCAUUUAUCAGCCUGUGUCGGCCUGGUGAUUCGGAUUGGACACACAUCAAGGUCCCGUUUUAUGCCUCCCAGGUGAUGUAUUCCUUGAGAGACAGUAAAUUCUAUCUUUACUGGGGGGGAAAGCAAUAUUCUGAUCUCAUCGAGUGCGAGACUAGCUCCUCUGGAUUCCCUGAGGUGAGUCUAUACCAGAGUUUCCCGAAUUCUGACAUACCCGAGAGCAGACGAGAUCAGGUUAGCUCAUCUAUGAAGACUCAAUACCUGGUCGAGUCACCUAAUUCUGGCGACUCCUUCAUCGUUUACUGGUGUAACGAGUACUUGGAAUUGAAAGAAGGAGAACCGGAGUCGUGUAACGGCAAGAAACCUCCUUAUAGAAGAACCUCCUCUUUCAUGAUUAAACCCAGAACCUUUGUGGUGUUUAGACAAGACCGUGAGCAAGGGAUUGGUUCAUACACUGAAGACAUUGGCGAUCUCUGCAUUUUCUUAGGCCAAAGGGAGGCCUUUUGCGUCUCUGCAACCGAGUAUCCUGGACUUCACCCUAAUUCUGUCUACUAUUCAAGCUUCCGCACGGGGUAUGGUUACUACGACCUCUCCUCCAACACUCUUCACGACGUUAUUGAUGAGGCUCCUCUCUCCAGCGUCUCUAUGUGGCUUGCCCCUCUCCAGUGAAGAGAGCUUAUUUGCUCUCCUCAAUUAAAGCUGUUUGUUAACAACUUAUUGUCUUGUUGUAAUAUGCAUUUUAGUAUUCCAUUUCAAAACCAUGAUGUAGUCGUCUCCUUCUAUUCUCUUCCUUGAGUUUGAAGAGUUUUUACAUUUUAGUAUUGUUGGAUAUUUGAUUAUUUGGCUUUUUACGUCGACUCUGAAGAGUUUUUUUUUUUGGGUU